AUAUCCGGGUAUCGCAACGAAUUCACAAUAUUCCACUGCAAUUGUAGAGGACGGAACAGAGCGUUUCCAAACCAAAAUCUAACAAUGUCUGGAAGAGGUAAAAGCGGCAAGGCCCGUGCGAAGGCUCGGACCCGUAGCAACCGGGCUGGUCUCCAGUUCCCAGUCGGUCGUGUUCAUCGUCUUCUCCGCAAAGGUAACUACGCAGAGCGUGUUGGUGCCGGAGCUCCAGUCUACCUAGCAGCGGUGCUGGAAUAUCUCACCGCUGAGAUCCUUGAGCUAGCCGGAAACGCUGCCCGGGACAACAAGAAGACUCGCAUCAUCCCUCGCCACCUCCAGUUGGCUGUGCGUAACGACGAGGAGCUGAACAAACUUCUCGGCGGCGUCACCAUUGCCCAGGGCGGUGUUCUGCCCAACAUCCAGGCUGUUCUGCUGCCCAAGAAGACCGGACAGUCUGCUCCGAGCUCCGGCAAGACGGGAAAGAAGGCUUCCUCGCAGUCACAAGAAUAUUAGCCACAUGGCCGCUAACGUUCAUCCCAACGGCCCUUUUAAGGGCCACCCAAACUCGUCUAAAGAUCAAAUGUCCUUUGUGUGUCCUCGUCACAUUUUGCUAAUAAAUUGAUUUACUAAA